AUGGUGCUGCUCGAGAGCGAGAAGAAGGUGCGGCGGCGCUGCUGGUGCGGCAGCAAGAUCCAGACGGCGACGCUCCCCGACGGCAACACGACGACGGACUUCCAGAACUGGCGCGUGUCCUUCGGCGCGGCGAAGCCCAAGCGGAAGCGCACGAAGGUCGUCAUGGGCCUGACGAAGGAGGCCAUCGAGGCGGACCGCACGGGCGGCUACCUCCACGAGCGGCUCCUGGAGGUCGUCGCGCCGCAGAAUUUCUUCGGGGCCGACUACUACUUCAUCGAGUACCGCAUGCCCGAGGCGCCCUUCACGGUCCGCGUCGCCAUCGACCGCGUCGACCAGGUCGUCCGCGCGUACAAGGAGUUUGCGACGAUCCCGACGAAGAUCCAGCGGCGGCUCAUCCUCAAGGUCAUCCCGCGGGACCCCGACCCGGACACGCCCGUCUUCGACCACCGGCCGGCGAAGACGGUGAAGACUCAGCUCAAGACGCGCGCGGCGAUGACGCGCUACCUCGUCGACCUCUACACGCGCGACGAGUUCUCGCUCAAGCAGCUCGGCGAGUGCAUGACGCACAAGAUGCCCGACCUGCGGGGCGUCGUCCACGACCAGGUCCCGGCCCACGAGAAGGAGGAGCACGACUACCUCAUCGCGGCCAACAGGGCAGCAAAAGAGAGCGAAAUUCCCAACUUCAAAGGCUCAUAUCUCGGCCGUUUUCCACUCGCGGCCAAGGACAAGAACAAGCGGCUCACGCUCGAGCAGCGCUACAUGAGCGACGAGAUCGACCUCCUCGCCUACGGCGACCUGAGGGACCCCGAGCGCAAGGAGAAGCGGCUCCACGACAUGGCCGUCUACCCGCUGCCGGAGCGCAUGUACACGUGCGUCGUCUGCGCGAAGCCCGAGUCCGCCGUGAUCAAGUGCAUGGAGUGCAACAACCGCACGUGCCGCGACUGCAUGUACGCCAAGUUCAUCAACUGCCCGGACGACCGCGCCUUCGUCCUCCUCCACCACAUCUACUGCCUCAAGCUCGGCGAGCCCAUCCUCCACCAGUCCAAGCACAAGCGCGCGCCGAAGAAGGCCGAGCACUAG